AUGGCUGCUGAAAUGGCUACGUAUGGGGUAAUCAUGAAUUCUUUUGAAGAGUUGGAGCCAGCGUAUGCAAGGGAAUACAAGAAGGUGAAAGAUGAUAAAGUGUGGUGCAUAGGACCUGUGUCUCUUAUUAACAAGGAUCACUUGGAUAAGGCUCAAAGAGGUAGGGCUUCGGUUGAUGAGUCUGAACAUAUAAAAUGGCUUGAUUGUCAGAAGGCAGGGAGUGUAAUCUAUGCAUGCCUUGGAAGUCUGUGCAAUUUAACAGCACCCCAAUUGAUAGAGCUUGGUUUGGCCUUAGAAGCAUCAGAAAGACCCUUCGUUUGGGUUAUCAGGGAAGGAAAACAUUCAGAAUCAUUGGAAAAGUGGAUUGAGGAAAACGGAUUUGAGGAAAGGACAAGUUCUAGAAGCCUUCUGAUUCGAGGCUGGUGUGCUCAAUUGUUAAUAUUAUCACACCCUGCAAUUGGAGGGUUCAUAACACACUGUGGUUGGAACUCUACCUUAGAAGCAAUAUGUGCUGGUGUUCCAAUGAUUACGUGGCCACUGUUUGCGGAUCAGUUCUUGAAUGAAAGUCUGGUGGUGAAGGUUCUGAAAGUUGGAGUGAAGGUUGGGGUGGAAAGUCCGAUGACAUGGGGCAAGGAAGAGGAAGUCGGUGUGCAAGUGAAGAAGGAAGACAUUGAAAGGGCAAUAGCAGAGAUAAUGAAUGAGACAAGUGAAAGUGAAGAAAGAAGAGAAAGGGUUAGAGAAUUAGGUGAGAUGGCUAAAAGAGCCGUGGAGAAAGGGGGGUCCUCUCAUUCUAACGUCUCUUUUCUUAUCCAGGAUAUCAUGCAAAAAAACAAGGGAGAUACGCCAUAGUUUCAUUAGCCAUACACCACUUUUUCACUCUUAAGAUUUUUUCUUUCAAAUCUUGUCCGUGAUGCCUUUAAUAAAAUUUACCAACUUUCUAUGUUUUCU